CCUCUUCGAAUUCCCCAUCCCGAUGCGCCUCUGCACCUCUACCGACACCUUCUCCGUGAAGCAACAUAUGUAUCUCCCAUCUGCCGGCCUUGGACUACUGAUCGCAUCAAGGCCCGUUUCCGCAAUCCCAGGAGUCGCUUCGUCAAGGAGCCAAAGGGCGACAUCAAGAAAGCACACAAGGCCCUCCGCUUCCUACGCGCGGCCAAUGCUGGCCAUGUCGAGCGCAUGGUAAUGCUGUGUUAUCUCGCAACGGGGCGACAUGGCAAACGCAGACGUGAACUAUCGGCUUCUUACCUGGCAAAGGAACCCCCUGUGGAUUCAAGCUCAUUAGAGGAACUCACAACUAGCCGCAAUGUCACCUCAGACAAGCAAUCCCGGAGGUUGAAAGGAACAGAGAAGCGGUUUUCGCACCCGGACUGGCUCGACAACUGGUCUACCGACAAAAUGAAAGCGCUAGCCGAAUCGCAAUACGCGAACCAGCAGAACGACUGGCCGCACCAGAUGCGCCGCCUCUUUGACCCUCGGAAACACCUACCGACCGAAAACUGCUGGGGCCAGCCGUUUAACCCCAAGUUGGCAAGACGAAAGUUGGCCAAACACUAUGUUCAAUUGCUUAAGAGUUUGAUCCCACCCCUACCACAAGGCGAGUGGGAUCAACUGAAGCAGCUGACACUUGGCGAGGCCGAGGCGUCCAUGUUCGAUAUCCCCUCGAGACGACCCGUUGCAACGCCGAUGUCGAGCCCGAACGGAUCAUCAAAACCUGACGAUGGUAAGAACACGCUGUUAGACAGGCACUGGGACUGGGCGAGAUACGCCACUAGGUCAAUCAGGCACAUAGAAGUUGGCAACUCGCGCAAUAAGAGGGUCCUUUCUGGCGGAGUUGAUGAGAACCCUCGCGGUCAGGGCCACCCUAUCGGCGUUCGCGCCUUCAAGCCGCGGUCACUGCGCCGCAACAUCUACGGCAAGGUGUGGCUAGCAAGUCCAACCAUGAAGAAGCGACCAAAUGGAACAUGGAAUAUCACUUGGGGCAAUGUUUCUCCAAAAUUCACACAGCCGAGCAAGAAUGACUUGAGUUUUUUCAAAGGG